AUGGAGUUGAGAGCGACUGAAGACAUAGCCAUCGGCCAAAACCUCACCUCUCCCCUCCGCCCACUCGCCGCCGUCCUUCGCGACUCCGCCCUCACCUCCUACUGCUCCGCCUGCUUCUCCGCCCUUCCGUCACACCCAUUUCCCCUCCACUCUCCCACAAACCCCCACCACGACUCCCCUACUCCACUCUACUGUUCCCCCGGCUGCUCCUCCGCCGAUUCGCCGCUCCACCUGUCCUCCGGCGAGGCCCACCUUUUCUCUCUCUUCCUCAGGUCACCUCCCUCCACGUGGAUCGACUCCUCCGACCUCCGCCUCUCCCUCCGCCUCGUCUCCAUUUUCCAGAAACUCCCCCAAAAGAGCAACCUUUUCCAUCUCGAAGAGAACGACGCCGUUUUGGAGAGGAUUGCAGGUUUGAUGACCAAUCGUGAGAGAUUAGUAUGUGGGCCAAAUCGAAACAACGAAGGUGAAAAUUGCGUUAAUUACGAUAAUUCAUCCGAAAGGAUUAGAGAAGGGGCAAUGUUAUUGGCUAAAGCGAGGAAGGCGUGUUUGGGUGAGUCUGUAAAUGUUCACGAGCCAAAAAGUUUCAUGUUUGAGGAGAUGGCAUUGUGCCUGGUGCUAACGAACGCCGUGGAGGUCCAAGAUGAGAGUGGGUACAAUUUGGGAGUUGCUGUGUAUGGUCCUGCAUUUUCUUGGAUCAAUCACAGUUGUUCUCCAAACGCUUGCUACCGAUUUUCGGUGGGUCCGCAGGACGAUGAGCGGUCGCCUCUUAGAACUGUUCCGGCUGUGAAAAAUGGAGGUGCUUGUGAUUUGAUGGUGGAAGGUGAUUUGCAAUACCCGUGUUUAGGUGAUGUAGAGGAAAAUGGCUAUGGCCCGAGUGUUAUAGUUCGUAGUAUAAAAGAUGUAAGAAAGGGAGAAGAGGUGACGAUUGCAUACACGGAUUUGUUGCAACCUAAGGACAUGAGACGAGCAGAAUUAUGGUCUAAGUAUCGGUUUAGUUGUAGCUGUAAGCGCUGUAAUUCGGUGCCCCCAACAUAUGUGGAUAAUGCUCUGCAAGCUCUCUCAGCUGGUAAUUGCAGUACUAUUCCUGAACCUUCAGAUACAAGGAUAGAGAGACUAAUGCAAAGCUUCAAUGAAGCAAUAGCUGAUUAUCUAUCGUUCGAUGAUCCAAUUUCAUGCUGUAAAAAGCUCGAGAAUUUGCUCCUUUAUGGCGACUCACUACAACCGAACGGGUCAAAAUCACCUCAAAAACCAAAACUUAAUCCUUUGCACCAUCUCUCUCUAAAUGCUUACACUACCCUGGCUUCUGCUUACAAAGUCCAUGCCAAUGACCUCAUGGCUCUUCAUUAUGAUGUCGAAAGACAUAAUCGUGGAGCUUUUAAUAUGUACAAGACGAGUGCUGCAUAUUCCCUCUUGCUUGCUGGUGGGGCCCAUCAUCUUUAUGCGUUUGAACCUGCUCUAAUAGCAACAGCUUCGAAUUUCUGGAUAAAUGCGGGCGAAUCGAUUCUGAAUUUCGCAAGAAACUCUCUUUGGGAUACUUUUCUGAAUUCCGAGUCGGCCAUUUUGGAUUUCUCAUCGGUUUUGACUAAAAAAUGCAAUACUUGUAGUUUGGCCGAUAUUUUGGAGCCAAAAUCAGUUGGCCCGGAUCGAAAUAAAGAGUUUGAGGAUAUAAAGGGACGGUUAUACAAUUGCAUUGCCGAUAUAACGCCGAAAGUUUGGGGCACGCUUGCUUACAAGAACAGUUUCUUGAAAGGGAUUAAGAACCCUGUCAAUUUUAGCUGGCUUGAAGUUCGAGAAAAUCGUACGGUUUUAGAAAAUUUGGGAUCGGAAGCUGAGGAAUGUAACAACGAACAUGUAUGGAUGAAUCUAGUUUUGCUUGGCGUCCAUUGUUUGAGGUUCGGUGCACUGUUAUCGAGCAUUUGUUAUGGUUUGUCAGCUGAAACGAAUCCUUAUUACGAAACUCUUGCGAUUUUCAAGGAAUCUGCUUGA